CUCAAAGCCCGUUCUCCAAAUCUUCUCCAACCUCAGAUCCAGCCGCCACCGCAGCUCCAAAGUCCAGCCCUACCGCCCUCCGUCGACGCGCUCCGUCUCCGUCUCCGUCACCGUCACCGCUGCGAUCCGUCAACCCAUCUUUGUUUCUCAUUUCUGUAUAUUUGGAUUAUUACAGGGCCAAACUCCGGCGUUUCCUAGGAUCUUUGGGCACGAAGCAGGAGUGUAAGAAAUUCCUUAUGCAUCUUAGGUCGUUUGACAGCGCACCUCCGAACCCAAAAGAGUAAGGGAGAUGGUGCGUCCGUACGCAGUCAAAGGGCGCAAAAAGCCAAAGAAGAGACCGAGAGUCGAAGAAGAAGAAGAAGAAAAAGAAGAACAGCAACAAGAAGAAAACGAUGAGGCGGUCUCUGAGAAAGAGAAUGAAGAAACCCUAGAAAACGAAGAGAAAGGAGAGUCGACGGCGGAGGACGAGAGAAAAGCCGAGGAGGCCAUCGAAGAGAUGCCGGGGAUACCGAUCGCGCCGAGGGUUCAGGAUCCUAAGAAGAAGCCUGGGGUGAUUUUUGUGCUCGAAAGGGCGUGUCUCGAGUUCGCCAAGGUUGGAAAGACUUACCAGAUCUUGAACUCAGAUGAUCAUGCCAACUUUCUGAAGAAGCAGAAUCGUAACCCUGCUGAUUACAGGCCUGAUAUCAUACACCAGGCCCUGCUCGCAAUACUGGACAGCCCCCUAACAAAGGCAGGAAGGUUACAAGCCCUAUAUGUAAGAACUGAAAAGGGAGUACUUUUUGAAGUUAAACCACAUGUUCGCAUGCCACGAACAUUUAAGAGAUUUUGUGGUCUCAUGCUCCAGCUACUUCAAAAUUUGAGUAUUACUGCCUCCGGAAAACGUGAGAAACUUCUAAAUGUCAUAAAGAAUCCUGUAACACGUCAUUUGCCUGUCAAUUCACGAAGAAUUGGCUUAUCAUAUAGUUCAGAGAAAAUGGUUCAAAUGAGAGAUUAUGUGGCUGCUGCUAGUGAUGAUGUCAACCUUGUGUUCGUGGUGGGUGCUAUGGCACAUGGAAAGAUUGAUAAUGAUUAUACAGAUGACUUUAUAUCAAUUUCUAAUUACCCGCUAAGUGCAGCUUGCUGCUUAGGCAGGAUAUGCAAUGCUUUGGAGCACAAAUGGAACAUAUUAUGAUUAAUAUAAGACUUCCAUCUAUGGCUUAAUUUACUUCCCUCGUAUUAAUUGAUAUCAUAAAUUUUGUAUGCGGUUGUUGCUUUCAUUACAGUAAUCAUGUAGUGAGAUUGUUGUUGCUACAAUGGAUGUUGAUUAGAGGCAGUAGCAAGAAAGCAAUAUGUAUAAGAUUUUGAUUGCUUGUUUUUUAGGCUUUCCUAAAGUUUAUCCAUGUUCGGUGAUGAGUUUUUUGU